AUGUCCUGCAUGAGGAGGGAGAACCAGAGCCGCGUGUCCCAGUUCCUCCUCCUGGGGCUCCCCAUCCUGCCGGAGCAGCAGGGCGUGUUCUUCGCCCUGUUCCUGGGCAUGUACCUGACCACGGUGCUGGGGAACCUGCUCAUCGUGCUGCUCAUCAGGCUGGACUCUCGCCUCCACACCCCCAUGUACUUCUUCCUCAGCCACCUGGCCCUCACUGACGUCUCCUUCUCAUCUGUCACUGUCCCCAAGAUGCUAAUAAACAUGCAUACCCAGGAUCAAUCCAUCCCUUAUGCAGGCUGUGUAACACAGAUGUUUUUCUUUAUAUUUUUUGGUUGUAUUGACAACCUUCUUCUCACAGCGAUGGCCUAUGACAGGUACGUGGCCAUCUGCCACCCCCUCCACUACACAACCAUCAUGAGGGAGGAGCUGUGCAUGUUUCUGUUGGCUGCAUCCUGGCUCCUCUCUUGUGCCAGUGCCUUGUCCCACACCCUCCUCCUGGCUCAGUUGUCCUUCUGUGCUGACAACACCAUUCCCCACUUCUUCUGUGACCUCCGUGCUCUGCUCAAGCUCCCAUGUUCAGAUACCUCCCUUAAUGAGAUUGUUAUCAUCGUUGCUGGAGGAUUGGUCCUUAUCUUGUCAUUUAUUGGUGUUUUAGUCUCUUAUGGCCACAUCGGGGCCACCAUCCUGAGGUCUCCCUCAAUCAAGGGGAUCUGCAAAGCCUUGUCCACCUGUGGCUCCCAUCUCUCUGUGGUUUUUCUAUUCUAUGGGACAAUUAUGGUACUGUACUUUUUCCCAUCAUCAAGCAACUCUAGUGACAAAGACAUCAUUGCUUCAGUGAUGUACACAGUGGUCACCCCCAUGCUGAACCCCUUCAUCUACAGCCUGAGGAACAGAGAUAUGAAGGGAGCUAUGGGGAAGCUUCUCAGAAGGGAGAUCUUUUUCUCCAAGUGA